AUGGCUGUACUAUCCGCUAUACAGCAGUACCCGAAAAAUCUGUGGCAGAACGCCCUCGCGAAAGCGUGGGACUUGCUACAACAUACUCUAGAAAUUGCUUUCGGACCUCAGUCUUGGCAUUUAGUGACAGAAGUCAAACUUGCCGCAGACUUCCCAACGAACAGCGCGAUUUGGCUAACUCGAGCCGCCGAAAUGAGGGCUUUGAACGGACUUGCGAAUGCACAAUUUAUAGGAUAUCGUGACCCUCAGCUUCAUCCCCGGCUAGACUCGCUCAACGAUGACAUCUGUCUUGAAGUCGACCCGAACAUGAUGUGGAAGGAGCGAAAGUACGAUCUGAUCCAUUCUCGAGUGAUCGAGUACAUAGAAAACUGGCCAGAAUAUCUCAGGAACGUGCAAACUUGCCUUGCACCUGCAGGUGUGCUCAAUAUAGAAGUAGUUGAGAUGAUUCCUUUCACCGACGAGGGUAGCCUGCCCGAAACAUCCCCUCUCCUGCAACUAUCUCGGAUCUUGUACGAACCUUCAGAAACAUCAAGGAUUGGUCGCGUUUCCUCCAAUAUCGGGCGGGAUCUGAACAGAAUCGGGAUCCAAUCAAAACUUGUGCAAUACAGGCUCCCCGUCAAAGAUUGUCAGGAUGAGGGAGAAAUUCCAGUGGGGGAUUGGCUUGUAUCGACGAUGGUCAAGUUCAUAGAAGCACAUGUAGCAAUCGCAGGCGAAGGGCCUGGAUAG